GGUGGCAGGGACGCCGUUGAUGAGAAUCAAGGUAUUGCCGGAGUUUGCCCCUCCAGUUUUCCUGCGCCGAUUUCAGAGGAGUUUAUCAUUGCGAGCAGCAAUUGAUGGCGUAGUUGAUAGAGAUGCACCAGUUAGAGUGCGCUUUGCACCUUCUCCCACCGGAAACCUACAUGUUGGCGGCGCUAGAACUGCUCUCUUCAAUUACUUGUUUGCAAGGUCGAAAGGAGGGAAAUUUGUGCUGAGAAUUGAAGACACUGAUUUGGAGAGAUCGACUCGGGAAUCGGAGGAGGCUAUGCUUCGAGAUUUAACUUGGCUAGGACUGGAUUGGGAUGAAGGCCCUGGCAUUGGUGGGGACUCCGGUCCGUAUAGGCAGUCCGAAAGGAAUUCACUUUACAAGGAGUAUGCUGAGAAGCUCUUAGAAUCUGGUCAAGUUUAUCGCUGCUUUUGUUCUAAUGAGGAACUUGAGAAAAUGAAGGAAAUUGCCAAAAUAAAGCAACUGCCACCAGUGUACACAGGAAAGUGGGCCACUGCAAGUGAUGAAGAAGUACAGGAAGAGCUAGAUAAGGGAACUCCAUAUACAUAUCGAUUUCGGGUUCCAAAAGAAGGGAGAUUGAUGAUUAAUGACCUUAUUCGAGGUGAAGUUAGUUGGAAUUUAAAUACACUUGGAGACUUUGUUAUCAUGAGGAGCAAUGGGCAACCAGUUUACAACUUUUGUGUUACUGUUGAUGAUGCUACAAUGGCUAUCUCACAUGUUAUAAGAGCUGAAGAGCAUUUACCAAAUACAUUAAGGCAAGCCCUAAUAUACAAGGCUCUUGGAUUACCCAUGCCUUCUUUUGCCCAUGUCUCUUUAAUUCUUGCACCUGAUAGGAGUAAACUCUCAAAAAGACAUGGUGCUACUUCAGUUGGUCAGUUCAGGGAGAUGGGAUAUCUACCUCAAGCAAUGGUGAAUUACUUGGCACUUUUAGGUUGGGGCGAUGGCACAGAAAAUGAAUUUUUCACAGUCGAGCAACUUGUUGAGAAGUUCUCAAUUGAUCGUGUUAACAAACAUGGUGCCAUUUUUGAUUCUACCAAGUUAAGGUGGAUGAAUGGUCAGCAUUUAAGAGCACUUCCAUUCGAGAAGUUGACCAAACUUAUUGGUGAGCACUGGAAAAGCAAUGGUGUCCUCACAGAAUCAGAAGGGCCAUUUAUAGAUGAGGCAGUUCAGCUUCUUGCGGAUGGCAUUGACUUGGUCACAGAUUCAGAUAAUGAACUUUCAAAGUUGCUGUCCUAUCCUUUGCUUGAUACCCUGAUGAGCUCUGAAGGUAAAUGUAUUGUAGAAGAUAAGCUUUCGGAAGUUUCAGCCAGUCUCUUAGCUGCGUAUGAUAGUGGUGAACUGCUUGGUGCUCUUGAAGAAGGUUCUGCUUGCUGGCAGAAGUGGGUGAAGAGCUUUGGCAAAACAUUGAAGCGCAAGGGGAAAUCACUUUUCUUGCCCUUGAGAGUGUUGCUAACUGGAAAGCUUCAUGGUCCUGAUAUGGGUUCCAGUGUACUCCUAUUACAUAAAGCUGGGACCUGUGGCAUUAUUGCUCCUCAAGUUGGGUUUGUGACUUUGAAAGAAAGAUUUGAAAUGCUGAGGCAAAUGGACUGGGAAGUGUUGAAUAAGGAUCAGCCAGUCUUUGAGCCUGCAACCAAUUGAAUGGAGACUAAAACGCUCUUUUUUAUAAGAGCAUUCAGAAGUUGAAGAUUAUUACAUUUUGUUAAACAAACUUUUGGUUAUGUUUGAUUUUAUGCUUUUGAAGUUCUUUGAUGUGCUGUUGUUAUGAGCACUGAUUGGAUUAUGGUGGUCAACUGAGAUUUUUUUUUUUUUUUUUUAAACAGCUGAAUGUUUAAUUGAUGGAUGAUGAAAUGUGAGGAAAUGUGUCUUAUGAAGUUAGCUAACAGGCUAAGUUACGAUAAAUUUAUAGCAGUUACAGAUCGUCUUCCUUAAACCAGAUAAGGGAGAGAUAUAACUACCAUGAGAUAGAGAUACGAUGCUACAACCAUGUUUCCAUCAUCCAAUACCAAAUGUGAUACGAUACUACGACCAUGUUUCCAUAAUUAAGGUUCCAAAAGAUUAUACUCAGUCACAAAGUAAACAUAACCAAGCAAGUACAUAAACCAUCAUUUCCUUGUUCUCUCACCAUCGCCCCUAUUCUUCAUUUUUGCAGCAAACAUGAAUGCUAUUCAAAAACAUUAACAUCCAGCAUUGUCCUGACGCAAAUCUGCAAUACAGACACAGGUUUAAA